AUUACAAUGUCUAAAUCUAAAGAUUUUUUAUUUUAAUUAAAAAUAUAUGGAAACAUGUAUGGGAUUAUAAAAGAUUUUCAGUCUUAUUAAAAUCUUUUCUAUUUAAUUAUUUUUCCCCGAUUUGACCAACAGAUGUCGCCCAUGCACCAUGUGCCACAUCUCACGUCUGCCCGUCACUGUGGAAACUGCUGCUGAACGUUCCAUUUGCUUUUAAUUAACCAAUUGUAACAUAUAUAUUUGUAAUGAUAUCUAAAAAUAGAACAAAGAUAAUAUAAAGACAAGAUAAUAUAGAAUAAAGGUCACGUGAAUUUCUCUGCUAAUUUAUUAAUAGCAAUAUAUAUAUAUAUACAGCGAUUUUUCAACUUUACACAGGAAGUAAAUACAAGUCAGUGGCGUUUAUUUUGAAGGCCAGGUGAAAGCAAGUGGUGCUAUAUGAUUAUGUUAUCGUUGUGGGAUGACAACUAAAAAUAAAUUAUAAGAAAGUGUAUUUUGUUUUAUUUCAUACAUUUAAAGAGUAGAAUUAAAGAUUUAAGACUGUACGCUGUUUUUAUUGUCAAGGUGCAAAACGUUUACACGGCAAGUAGAAAAAAGUCCGGACUUUUUAAUUACUUCCUGUGUCUUAUUUUGAAGGCCAGGUGAAAGGAAGAGCUGCUAUGUACGAUUGGCUAUUUUGUUUUGUAAGCAUCGCGACCAAAACUCCAACAUGAACACGUGUAUUUGUUUACGUUAAUUUGGAGGAGAGGGUACAUAAUUCAGACUUAAGAGCAACUAUGUAGCGUAUAUUGUUAGCCAACUAGCUGGGUAACCUACAGUUUAUUCAUCCAUCUAAUUCAGUAUAAAUAAAUACAAUUCAGGUAUACAUGACUAAAUAAAAUGACGUGUCUGUUGUUGGUAAAACUCGUUAGAAAAAAAACACACUUAAAUUUGCAGAAUCUGGAGCUUUUUUUUAUUUUCUGCUUCCACACUCCAGACCAGCUGGUGGCGGUAGAGCGCAGUAAGAAAGUAAACAGUGAAGCGGGAGGAGAAGUGGUGCAUAAAUCAGGGGACAAGAGAAGAAAAUAGCCCAGUCAAACUGGAGUCCUGACGAAAUCCGCCACAGCGCAACUGAGCUAACGCUUUCGUUGACUUCAUCCUCCUCAGUCCGACCGGAGCCAACAAGAACCGGCUCAGACCAGCAGCACCCGCCGCCGCUAGUGCCGUGUCGCCGUUACCCCGUCUGCGGUGAACCGUUACAGUCCGCCAUGAUGUCGCAAGCGAGGAAGAGGAGCCUCUUCGCGGCGGAUGACGACGAGCCCAUGCCCGCGCCGAAGCUGCACGCCCGCGGGGACGAGGCUCACAGACACGUCGCUGCUCUGGUUCUGGCGAGAGGAGGAAGCAAAGGCAUCACCCUGAAGAACAUCAAGAAGUUAGCGGGUCUGCCGCUGCUGGGCUGGGUCCUGAGAGCGGCAGUGGACUGCAACAUGUUCCACAGUGUGUGGGUGUCGACGGACCACGACGAGAUCGAGAAGGUCGCAAGAUCGUUCGGAGCUCAGGUUCAUCGCAGGAGUGCCGAAGUUUCCCGAGACACUUCGUCAUCACUGGAGACCAUUCAGGAGUUUGUCCGACUUCACUCAGAGGUCGACGUGAUCUGCAACAUCCAGGCCACGUCGCCAUGUCUGCAUCCGUACCACCUGCAGCAGGCGCUGGAGAUGAUCACGCUGCAGGGCUUUGACUCCGUCUUCUCCGUGGUCCGGAGGCACCACUUCCGCUGGCAGGAAGUGAAGGAAGGAAAUAACAAAGUCACCAAGCCACUCAAUCUGGACCCAGCGAAUCGCCCGCGGCGUCAGGACUGGGACGGAGAGCUGUGCGAGAACGGCUCCUUCUACUUCACCACCAGAGACCUGGUCUUGAAUAAGAACAUCCUGCAGGGCGGCGUGACCGGCUACUACGAGAUGAAGCCGGAGUUCAGUGUGGACAUUGACGUGGACAUCGACUGGCCCGUGGCAGAACAGAGAGUUCUCAGGUACGGUUACCAUGGUAAGGUGGUUCGCCUCAUGUUCUGCAACAUCUCGGGCUGUUUAACAGAUGGAAGGGUCUUGAUGUCGGGAAGUGGAGAAGACAUGGUGGCCAUUAACACCAAAGACACCGUCGGCAUCCAGAUGCUACAGAGCGAGGAAGUAGAGGUGGUGCUGGUGACGUCCAGCGUGGAUCUCUUGAACAGCGUGCUGGUCGACAAACUGGCCAAGAGGGCGGGCUGCGAAGUCGCGAAGGUGGGCGAGGAACCGCUGAAGGAUCUGAAGCUGGUCCUUGAGCGUAAGAAGCUGAAGUGGAACCAAGUGGCCUUCAUGGGUAACGACAAAGUGGACGUCAGCUGUCUGAACCUGGCCGGUUUGAGUGCCGUGCCGAGCGACGCCCCGAUCGUGGCCACUGACGCCGCAAAGUACACGUGUCGCAACGUCGGGGGAAGCGGCGCCGUCAGGGAGUUUGGCGAAUACAUUCUGCUCCAAAGAGAAAAGGCAAAAAUGAAGCAGGACAGAAUCGACACGAGCAGCAAAUGAAAGUCUGAGUUUGAGCAGCUUAUGCACAGUGACAACAAAAAAAAUGCAAAUAUGCACGAAAUAGCGGAUUAUGAUUUACAAUCGAACCGUAGUCAUAGUUUACAUAAUUGAUUCUUGGAGGGGCAGAAUGGAAGUUUUUAUUUUUAUGGGCGCAAUCUGUGUCAAAUAUGUUACGUUUUAUUGGAGGCGGAGCUUCAACGGCCUUCUUAUGUUGAACCAAAGCUACUUUUUGGUCUUUCUCUGUAGCCUCAUGCUAUGGUCAAGCUCUAGACGCCACAUGACUCGACUCGUUUUACGUCGCCUCGUUGGUUUGUUUGUUUAUGUCGCCAGGGCUGGUUUCUACGGUGGCCCUGAAGACUUGACGCGAAUGCAACAGCUAAUAAAAAUGGUGGUACUUAAUACUACUUAUGCAUGUAGUAUGAAAACGAGAUGAACCACUGACACCGACAGUUAACUUUAAACGUACCGUAAAGGAGGAUACCGUAAAUCGGCACACUUCACGUCCAGAUCUGCUGUGUUUUGACGUUUUCCUUCCAAAGAACGCUAACACAUUGCAAUGAAAGCACGUGAAAUAGUCGAUAUUUAAGUCGUCGUCCAAUAUGAAGUGAACUUAAUCGGUUGUUCUGUCUUCUCUUUUUGGUUUGAGCUUUUUACUCGUUGAGUAAAAACGUUCUCAACUGUUUUGUUGCCCUGGAGCGCAAAGGCGACUCAGGGAAAACAGCCGUUGGAGUACACCGCGCAUCCUUCUGUUGUUGUUGUUGUUGUUGUUGUUUCUGACUGUUGCGUGAGCGUCAGGUACCUGGAGCUCUGUUGUUACCGGCCUUUGUGCUUCCUGUUCGCCCUCUUUGAAAAAGAAAAUGUACAUAGAAAUAUGCUGCCGUGUAAAUUAACACUACGCUCGUUCAAAAAUAUGCUAAAUAAUUUAGCAGAGCACAGAAUUCAGCUGUGUAAUUUACAGAGUAGGACUGCUACGCUGCUACCAAAGCUGCUUUUAAAUUAGCUUAGCUUGUUUUUGGUUCAGGGUUCUUGUAAUUUUCACUGUUACGUGGUGUUUUUUUUUUUUAAAUCAUUAGGUUGGAAAAUCAAGAAAAUAGAACAAUUAUGUUAGCUAAGCUGCUGUUAGCAUUAGCUUAGCUUGAUUUCAGGUCAGAAUUCUUCUAGUGUUCACUGUUACAAAGUUUUCGGUUUUAAUUCAUUAGCUAAAGUUGAACAUGAAGUACAUAAGUGUCAAAAACAAAACAAUUUGGUUAGCUAAGCUGCUGUCAGCAUUAGCUUAGCUUGUUUUCAGGUCAGGAUUCUUUUAGCAUUCACUGUUACAAAGUUUUUGGUUUUAAUUCAUUAGAUAAAGUUAAACAUGAAGAAUAUAAGUGUCAAAAACAAAACAGUUUGGUUAGCUAAGCUGCUGUCAGCAUUAGCUUUGCUUGUUUUCAGGUCAGGCUUCUUCUAGCGUUCACUGUUACAAAGUUUUGUUUUUAAUUCAUUAGCUAAGGUUGGCAAUAAUAAAGAACACAAAUAAGUGUUGAAAACAAUUAAGUUGGCUAAACUUCGGUUAGCAUUAGCUUGUUUUUAGGUCAGGAAUGAUUAUGAGAGUGUGUGUGUUUUUUUUGUUUUUGUUACCGUCCACCGUAUAUCCAUAAAACAAUUUGUUGUUUUUGUUUUUACUGUUUGUUUCCAGUGAAUUAAUGUGACUGAAAGGUUUGAUAAGGAUGUUUUUUAAGGACUAAGAGGAAUCUUGUGGUGAAAUAAAAAAUGAUUUGUCUUCUG